GCCAAUAAGCGGCUCGUGUUUUGUUAAAAAAUAUAAGAUUCGAGUUGAAAUACUCGGUAAAGAUCCCAUAUACGGUGAUCUUUUCAAACAAGCAUCGAAUCUGCUGGCAUGACUUGGGACAUCCAGUGACGCAGCAAAAAGUAGCGACAGUACAGCCAGAAGUAGCAACCACUCGCAAAACGGGAUCCUUGUCUGACUGCAAGACUGGUGACUGUCCUCGACCACUUAGUUGAAUGUUCCGAAUUUCUGUGAUGCAUAUACUAACACGGUGUAUUUUUUCACAUGCAACGAAGCAUGUAAAAAUCAGCAAGCUUUCAUUUGUAUCUAACAUUUCAAGUCGCUUUCGUAGUGGAUCAGCACUCUUGAAGAUGGAAGUAAGACUGAACAGCAGCAUGGUACCAGAGGAGUACAAGAAAACAGCCAAGGAAGUUUUCCUGGCAAAAAAUAACGAAAAGACCUUCCAAUAUCAGGAUAAAUUGCCUUCUCUUCCAGUGCCAUCCUUGGAACAGACACUCAAUAAGUACUUGGAUUCAGUCGCUCCUCACCUUAAUGAUGCAGAAUACAGGGAGACAGAGUUCGUGGUUCGACAGUUUGGUAGUGGCAUUGGGAAGGAACUGCAUGGAAAGUUAGUGGAGAAAGCAAAAUCAGAAAGAAAUUGGCUUGAAAAAUGGUGGGAGAAAGUGGCCUACUUAGAUGGUCGUUGCUCAACAGCGCCAAGCAUCAACUUCUCAGGACCUGCGCCCUUCCACCAUCAUUACUGGCCCCCGGCAGACGGCACUCAAAUAGAACGUACCGCCAUUCUUGCCCAUCAUACACUUAACUUCUGGCAUAUGUUAAGAACAGAAGACCACCUACCUCAUAAAAAAGGGAAGGAACCAUUAUGCAUGAAUCAGUUCCAUAGAGUAUUCAAUACAUACAAGGUGCCUAAACCUGUCACUGAUGAGUUGAAGUUCUACUUCAAAACAGAGCGGGAAGGACCGUGUCCUACAAAUAUUAUCAUUCUCAGGAAAGGACAUGUUUUCACUUUUGAUGCAGUAGACAAAUUCGGUGUUCCUCUCAUGGCUCCUGAGAUACAGGUUCAAAUGCAGCGGAUAGCAGACAUAUGUGAUGCACUACCUCAGGGGCCUGGGCUUGCAGCUUGUACAGCACAUGACCGAACGUCUUGGGCAAAGCUUCGUGAACACCUUCUGGAGCUGCACCAAGAUAAUCAUGAAUACAUCGACAUCCUUCAGGGAGCAAUCGGUUGCUUUGUAUUUGAAGACUAUCCUACGACAGGAGACACUGAGAACUUUCAUAGUGGCCUGUGUGGUGAUGCAACCAAUAGGUGGUUUGACAAGUCGGUCUCCCUCAUUUCCUAUUCCAAUGGAACGUUUUCCUCUAACUGUGAUCAUGCACCUUUUGAUGGUAUGGCUUUGGUGUUCUUUAUGCUUUAUGCAGAUCUCAACGUCUUCCAUGACAAGGGCAAAUGGACUGGUACUAAAGAAAUCCGCCCACAGCCACAACCAAAACGUCUCGACUUCCACCUGGAUCAGUUCAUGCUGGAGGGCAUUGAAGAAGCAAGGCGGUCAUUCAAAGCCCAGACGGAUAACAUUGACAGUUUCUGCCCGGUGUUUGAUAAGUUUGGCAAGAAUGAGUUGAAGAGAUUGAAGUUCCACCCUGAUACGUUUGUUCAAUUGGCGUUACAGUUUGCUUACUACAGGAUGAUGGGGAAACCAGGAUGUUGCUACGAAACAGCCACCACCCGACAAUAUUGGCAUGCAAGGACAGAAACAGUGCGGUCAUGCACCCCAGAAGCUAUCGAAUGGUCAAAGGCUAUGCUCAAUCCAAGCUCUUCGAGUGCCAGACGCUAUCAGUUACUAAAGAGUGCUGAAGAGAAACAUAACAGGAUGAUGUCAGAAUGUCAAAAUGCUCAAGGCUGUGAUCGUCAUCUUCUUGGAUUGAGGCUGAUAGCAGCUGAGAAUAACAUUCCUGAUCCCCUCAUUUAUAAAGACAAGGCUUGGACGAAGAGUGGUGGUGACGGUAACUUCAUUCUGUCGACGAGUAUGACAGGAUACUCCACGAUCCUUGGUGGAGUGAGUCCGAUGUGUAAGAAUGGCUAUGGAACUUUCUAUAGGGUUCCAUCAUCUUAUAUCAAUAUGGUGCUAACUUGCUUUAAGUCUGAUGAGGAGACGGAUGUACACAAAUUCUAUGAAAGUAUUACAAAAAGCAUGGAUGAAAUGAAAGAGUUAAUCGAGAAGAAUCUUCCCCAAUCAGGACAGGCGGCAAAACUAUGAACACGGGAGAAUGAUUUUAAUUCAGGGAUGACACUGUUAGCAUAUCCAAUGCCACUGAGUUAGUGGUUGUACUACUGUAGGUGGUUAAUGCAGUAAUAGUACUUUAGUUUGUAUACAAAAAAAUCUUUCAAUAGGCAACCUUCUUGUCACAAUCAUACUUAUGCGGUAACUGUAGUACUUAUUUGGAGGACGAUCCUGGGAUACAUCAGAAAAUGUACCGAGACAUUCCACUCUUUGUUUAUGCAUGGGGUGUAUAUAAAUUUGUUACCCUCUGCAUUCGAAGUCUGACUCGACUAGUAUACAUAAGUGAUAAUCAUGCUUCUUUUUAUUUUAUGGUUAUUUGAUAUAAGCUCACCAGUACUUACCAGUAAUUACCAGUACUACUUAUUUCACAAGGUUUUGGUCUUGCCAGUGCCUUGUGAAAUAGGGAGAAGUUCAAUUUAUAAGAAUGUGGCUAUUCUAUGUAUAGUUAAUGGCCAGUGCCUUUCUGUUUUAUCACUGGGAUAAUUUUAUUUAUGCAAUUACUAAAUAAAUUAUGCAAUAAAUGUAUCAUGAUUGA